UAUACGCGAUGCAAAACAAGUCAUUCGUAUUAUUUUGAUAGUUGAUUCUCAUCAGACGUUUAAGAAGUGGAACAAGCACUGAAAUUAUUUUCUAGAAUUGUUGCGUCAACCAUGGAAAUGUUUUGAUAAAUCAUUAAUACAUCAGGAAAAGUUUAAAAAGAUGGAGGAAUAUGGACGCCAACAUCCAGAAAAAGUUACACUGCUCAGUGAAUUGCGUGUAAUCUUCAAGGAGGAGUUUUUGCUUGGCAAGGGAAGUGAUGGAACCCGUGUUUACCUUGCCCUGGGGAAUAAUGGUUAUGGAAAAGCAGUAAAGCGAAUACACAAAGAUAGCGGCAAAGACUUUGCAAAUCGAGAAAAAGAAAUUUUUAAUGAGUUGAAUGCAAAGCGUUCAAAUUAUGUUGUGAAUUUGUGGGAUUUAAAAGAGAACCUUGACGAAGAGUAUUUUUACAUGAUAUUAGAUUUGUGUGAAGAAUCGUUAGAGAGUUAUGUGAAAUCUUCUUCUUUGCAAGAUCUUCAAAAAGUCGUUCCUAAAGUUCUUAUUCAGAUCUUAAAUGGUCUAGUUCACCUUCACAGCGGUGAGCAUCCUAUUCUUCAUCGGGACUUAAGACCCUCGAACGUUCUUCGAGAUAUACAAGGAAAUUUUUUAAUCGCUGACUUUGGUAUAAGUCAUAUUUUAUCUGAUGAAACUUCGACACAUCAAAGCAUACAGAGAGGAGCUAAAAAUUGGAUAGCUCCAGAGUCAUAUAACGCAUCAGAUGAAUCAAUUGAUAAAGUUCGUUACAAAAAACAGUCUGACAUUAUGAAUGCGGGAAUGGUGGCUUAUUAUGUUGCAACAAAGGGAAAACAUCCUUUUGGAGAUGAACGGCUUAGACUGGACAACAUUUUAAAAGGAAACCCAGUUGGAUUGGACGAAAUCGAGGAUGCCACGCUCAAAGACCUUUUAUCGUGGAUGCUACAGUUAAAACCUGAAGACAGGCCAUCUGCUAAUGAGGCGUUAAAACACCCUUAUCUACAAUCAGACGAAUAGAAAUUUAACAUGCUGUGUGAUAUGGGAAACCAACUGGAGGUGAAGCAUUCACAAAGUCAAAAUUCUCCCACUUCUGACGUUCAUACGCAGUUGUAUGGUUCCACAGAAUGGAUGAAGCGUAUUGAUGAUGAAGUAGUCAAAGAUUUGAUCAACUUUGAAGUAAACGACAGUAUAGGAACUCUAAAGUACGAGUCUACAUGGGCAGGAUGCUUAAGAUUUAUACGAAACAUUGACCAACAUUGGCAAAAUAAGCCUCGUCCGCAUCUAUCACAAUAUGUGAAGCAAGGCAAUUAUAAAAAGUAUUUCCUGCAAGUUUUCCCGGAGCUUCCUCUUCUGGUGCACAAAGUCAUAAGGUCGAAUGGCAUGAAAUCAACUCCAGAUCUGGAAGAACACUUUGCUAAAUUGCAGUUGAAAGAAUGGAAGUAUUUUGAUCAAUCAAUAAAGCACAAAGAGAUGUUCUUGAAAUUAAUUAAGUAUGGACGCGACCCAGAUAUCAAGGUUACAUGUGUGAACGACGUACGUGUAAUUUUCUCGGACGAGUUUUGCAUUGGCAGAGGAAGUGAUGGAACCCGUGUUUAUCUUGGACUGAGCAAGGAUGGUUAUGGAAAAGUAGUAAAACGAGUACGUCGAAAUAACCGUGCCAAAGAAGCAGAGAACGAAAUGAAAAUUUUGAAUGAAUUCAAUGCUAAGAAGUCGAGAUAUGUUGUAAAUUGUUACAACUUGGAAGAAGAGACCGGAACUGAAUAUGACUAUUUGAUACUUGACCUAUGUGAAGAAUCGCUGGAUAGUUUAGUAAAUUCUUCUACUUUGGAGAAUCUUCAAAAAUCUCUUCCCGAAAUUCUCGAGCAAAUUUUAAAAGGAUUAGCUAAUCUCCAUAGCGAACCAAAUCCUAUUCUUCAUCGUGAUUUAAAACCAUCUAAUGUUCUUCGAGAUGCACAUGGACAAUAUCUGAUAGCUGACUUUGGUAUUAGUCGAAUAUUGCAUAACGACCUUAAGACAUAUGUAAGCGAUGGUACUAAAGGAACUCGCGAUUGGAUGGCUCCUGAAUCGUACGAGUUAGAUGAUACAGCACUAUACAAACCAGAGUCUGAUGUAAUGAAUGCAGGAAUGGUGGCUUAUUAUGUUGCAACAAAAGGGAAACACCCUUUUGGACCUCCAGAGUAUAGACUGGAAAACUUGUUAGAUGGAAACCCUGUUGGAUUGAUGGACAUCGAUGAUGUCGUACUUAAAGAUCUUCUUUUAUGGAUGCUACAACAUUCACCAGAAGACAGGCCAUCAGCUAAAGAAGCGUUAAUACACCCUUAUCUGCUAUCCCAAGAAAAGAAAUUUAGCAUGCUAUGUGAUAUGGGAAAACAACUGGAAACGAAACAAUCACUAGGUCAUAGUUCUCCAAAUUCAAAUGUUGUUGCGCAAUUGUAUGCUUACAUGGAAUGGAUGACGCGUAUCGAUGAUGAAGUCUUGAAAGAUUUCACAACCUUCAAAAAGAAUGGCAAAAAGAUAACUGUGACUUACGAGCCUACAUGGGCAAGGUGUUUAAGAUUCAUAAGAGGAGUGAAUGAGCAUUGGAACGAUAAACCUCGUACACGUCUGUUGCGUUAUGUCAAGGAAGGCAACUAUGUAGAUUAUUUCUUGCAACGUUUUCCUGAAAUGCCUCUUCUGGUGCACAAAAUCAUAAGGUCGACAGACUUGAAAACAAGACCCGAUCUUCAGAAACAUUUUACAGCUUAGUCAUACCAACAAUUUUUUAUGUUAAACGAUGUAGCCAAAUUAGAAUUCCAUGACACUAUACAAUCUCCCAAUUUAGUUGUUAUUUUCACUAAAAGUUUUUUUCGUUUGAUAAUAUUCAAUAUGCAUGUAUUAAGUACUCUAUAAAUGCUUUCCAAGAUGAGAACAUUUUUUUUAUGUGAUUUUUGAUUCUAAUAUAUUAUCAGAGGCUCCAGCAAGGGGGACGACUGCCAAUAAUAUAUUUCACAUACUGAGGUUUCUGUAAACGUAACUUGAAAGUUUCAGUUGAAUAAAACAUUGCGUUAUACAUUGUAUGUGACAUUUUGGAGGUGUUACUAUCCUCCCUCCAAAAAAAAUAAAAUCCUGCCAGCACCACUGUAUGUUACGUCUAAUAGAGAGCCAAAAAUUUAAAAACUUUUUGCCUAAAUUAAUAUCUUUUUAUACAAGUGUUUUUGUCUCUAUCUCAAACCUCGUUAAUCUCAUAUAUUUGCAUAUUUUGAUUACCGUGAUGUUCAUUUUAUGUAAUAUUUUGUAAACAUUUAAAUAAACGACAACAUUUUUCAA